UUUAGCAGAUGAUGGUUUGCUGGGCGAGUAGGAAAGAGAGAAGACAAGAUGUUUAAAUCGAUACAAGGGAUAAUGUCGGGCAUCAGGUGACAUGGGGGAGAGAAAAGACACAGACAACACCCUCAGGAGCCAGGUGGAUGGUUAUGGGUUUGAUCGGAGUCAUGACCCUAAUCCUGAAGUGUAUGAUGAGUUCAUGGCUGAGUAUUUGUCUGUCCUGGCACGCCGAGCUUCUCGCUGGAAGGAACUGUUAUCUAGUGGGACAGGGAUUGUCAAAAAUAGUAAAGUGAAACGAUUUUGUAGAAAAGGAAUUCCAAAUGAACACAGAAAAAGUGUUUGGAUGCUGUUAAGUGGAGCCGAGGAGAAAAUGAAAAUGAACCCUAAAGCAUACAAGUUACUCCUCAUCAACCAAAAGGACAAGUCGAUAGUGGAAACAAUUGAAUUAGAUUUACACAGAACAUUUCCAGAGAAUAUCUACUUUUCAACCAAGGACGGUUUACGGAAUUCUCUGAGCAAUGUGUUGGUGGCUUUAUCGCACUAUAAUCCGGACAAAGGCUACAGCCAGGGCCUGAACUUCAUUGCUGGCUUGCUACUCUUGGUUGUCAAAGACGAGGAGAGUGUGUUCUGGUUGAUGGAUUGCAUGAUCAAGGAUUUAAUACCAGAUUUUUAUUCUCCUGGUAUGGAAGCUGUCAAAGCGGAACAAGAGUUACUGGGGGAGGUGAUAAAAUGGAAGGAUCCUAGUCUGUACGAACACAUAGAAUCAGUGGGGGUGCAGUGGUGCCUAGUGGGGACGAAGUGGUUCAUGUGCCUGUUCGCGGAUGUGCUACCAACAGAGACUGUUCUGCGUGUCUGGGACUGCCUCUUUAAUGAGGGCAGUAAAGUUUUGCUGCGAGUGGCUGCGAUGUUAAUUCUGCAGAACAAAGAGAGGCUUAUGGCGUGUAACAGCUUCACCUCAAUGGUAAACGAGAUCCAGACCAUUAUAAAAAAUCCAUGGAGCCUCAAUUGUCACUUGUUGAUGAAGAACUGUUUUAAGAAGUUGGGUUCAUUUCCGAGCGCCCGCAUCGAGAGGAUGAGACAGGCGUGUCUAGUUAGAGUGGGGGAGUGAAUGCACCAGAAAUAUCAGUGUGUAGUUGUUGUUGCCUAACUGUUACUCUCUACAGGUCGGCCGGUGCACUCGUAAAUAUCAGUAAUCGCUAACAAGGUCUGCAUCAGCUCUUCGCAAUCAAUGUAGGUGCACUCGUAAAUAUCAGUAAUCGCUAACAAGGUCUGCAUCAGCUCUUCGCAAUCAAUGUAGUUUUUAAUGAUAAUUGGCUUACCGUUCCUAUGAUGUGUGACUUGAUUUUAAUGCAAAUGUUUAAAACAAAACUUAAUGUCAAGCUUGUGGUUAAUUUGAAAAUUGUACUUUCUGCAGAAUUUUAAUGAAUGAACGGCCCUUGGUUUGAUUCAUAUCUUGCAUCAGUCAUGUUUAGUUUUUCUGCGUCCUGUUCAUAUGUUAUGUUGAUCUCAUUAUUUAUUAUUGCUGUAAGAUUUUCCCUUGUUGAUAUUUGAUUUAAACAAUAUUUUAUUCAAAAGAAAUGGGAUUGGGGAGCAGGCACUGCCCAUUAUUCCCAUGUUGGUAUCGUGUAGCAUUUACAGGCAACCCUGGCAUAGCUGUCGUUGUUUUUAUGUAUGUAAAGAUUGCUGAAUGUAGGGCAUACGUUUUGUGAAACCGGUCCAUGUAUGAUAGUGUAAUAUACAACUAGAGUACCUCAAGUCAGGGACAUGUGCAGAAAUUUACAUGUACCUGAAAAAAGACUAUUAAGGAGUUCAGACACAAUACUAAAACUUCUGUUUUUUUAUGAAUUGAUGUAACUGUACAUUUAUCUAUUUGCAUGGGAUCAUAUAUCCAUGUUUUGACAGACAAUGUGUGGUUAUGGGGACUUCAUGUUGGAUUUUAUUUUGUCAUUUCUUCCUGCUGGACAAAUUGAAAUUUGUAGUUAUAUCUAAACCUAGAAAUUAAUAUCAAAUGGGAUAGACACAAAUUGUUUUCUAAAUCACAGAACAUAUGUUGCAGAAAAAUAUUGCUUAAAAAUUAAACUUCCUGGCAAUAU